AUGGCUACCAGCCGUGCCAAUUGGGAUGAGGAGACAAAAAAAACAUUCCUCAACCUCUGCAUUGCUGAGAAGAACCAACUGAAUUGGAGUAACAAGUGCCUAACUAAGUUGGGAUGGCAACACAUCUACCGCAACUUCAAACAACAGACUGGUCUGACUUUAGGCAGCAAGCAGCUGCAGAACAAGCUGAGCACCAUGCAAAGGUCGUUCAUGAAUAGGAGGGACCUGCAAGUCCAAUCAGACCUAGGCCGUGACAGACAUACUGGUGGCAUUGCAGCUGAUUCCACUUUUUGGGCUACCGACGAAGGGGAAACUAGUGUUGAUGCUAUCCAGACAAGUACUGCUAAACCGCCACCGUUCCUUGACAAACUUUACACAUUGUUCGGCCACACCACCCAAGAUAGGGGGACCUUGCUAACUGCAGGAGGUGUCCGUGAGGCAACACCCAGUAUGGGGAUCGAGGACACUGCAUCAGACAUGUACCUAGACCCCAUGGCUGCUACCAGUGCUCGUAAUAUGUCUAAAAGGCCAACCCGGGAGGAAGUUGUUGACAGUCCUCCGAAAAAGAAGAGUGGCAGCUUGGAGGACUAA